GCAUUAAAAAGACAAAUAUUUAUUAUGAAAUUAUUUUUAAGAUGAAUAAUCAUAAAUAUAGCAAAAAAAAAAUGAAUAAUAAUUUCAACGCAGCUGUAUUUUUGAAAAUAACUUCAUUAUCAGCUUUUACAAUCGGAUGUGACCUAGAAAAUAACAGACAAAGAUAAAACAAACAAAAUUAAAGGUAACAACGAGGAACACACUUUUGUUGCUCAAGGUCCGGAAAACAUUUACGGCUGAGAAAUUAUCGAGGAAGUACUUAGGCUCAAAGAAUGCAUAAACCGUGAAAAAAAGAAAAAAGAAAAAGUCGAAUGACGAAUUUAUAGGUGAUUCACAGAACAGUCGUUCUGUGAAUCUCGCUUAAGAAAGUUCUUAGUUUCGUCAACGGCAUGUGAAUCUUUUCUACGUUUGCGUCAGAGUACUUUUCAAAUUUUGCGAAGAUUAAGAUGACGUUCAAAGCAUUGAUGAAUUUUGGUUCCUUUGAAAAAACUCCGUACACGCCCGUCGAUCGUUAUCAUAGCGGAUGGGGUUCUUAUCACCAUAGCUCAAACGGUGGUUAUAAAGGACAUAAAGGUGGUGGCAAUGGAGCUGCUUUGAGUGCUUUAACUUUACUUGCCUUUCUCUUCCUUAUAAACGUUAUGCAACAAUCUCUUCAAGACAAUAAUUCUACUGUAACAACAACCACAACAACAUUGUUUUUACGCGACGAUGAACAACCAAUUGUAUUGGACGCGAGAGAAAAGGAAGAUGUUAAUAAGAAGAAGGAUUCGAACGGUUCACCUCCAAGAUCUCAUGAUAUAAGUUACGUCAGAUUAUAAUCCUUCGAAAGUAUUUUUGCAGGAUUAAAAAGGACAUUGUUUCAAGGCAAUAAUGUUGUAUAGAUAAAAUUUUACUGUUGUGCAUCAUGUAACAGAAUAUGUGCUUAAAUAUUUUCUUCCGUUUUUAUUUA